UCUGCAUUUCAAUCUACAAUCCCGCUAUGAGGUGAAAGCAGCUGUGAUACCACGGAAGACAGACGGUCCAAGCAUGCAACGCACAUAUCGGUAAUCUGGGAUGUUUACUACCUAGUAUCCAUAAGACCUACCCCUCUGGCUUAUAUGCCCACACUAACGGGCCAUCUGAGGCUGUUGUUUCUCUUUCUCCCAUUCUGGCAGCCAGCUGUUUCCAUGGAUGAGCUAACAAGCAACCCUUACUUUGACUCCAUAGCCGAUAACGAUCGGAACUGGUUAGAGACUGGAUGCCAACCUCGGAUGAGGGAGUGCCAUCGGGUAUCUGUGCUGGCCAUAUCCGAAGAUGGCAUGGCCGUGAUUUGCAAGCUGCUUCUCCCAGCUCUCCAUCACCUACGAGCAACAGCAAAUAUCCCUCCAUUAUCCUGCUCUGGUAAGCCGAGAAGGCAAUCCUGAUCUAUAUAUACCUCCCGCUCCUUGUCCAACAAGCUCAUCGGGACAUUUCGAUUGAACGGAUGGCCUACCCGGACAGAGACAAUCCACGUAGGGCUACCGACUGCAGCGAGCCAGUGACGACGAGGCUCUCGGUG